AUGAUGACCACAUUCAAGGCAUUCGCAUUGUCAGCUCUCUGCAUUGGUGCAAGUGUAGCAGAGGAUAUUUUGCUUAGCCAGCGUAGAUUGAGCAAACGCUUCAUUGACGAGGAGGGUAAUUACAAUAUCUCGUUCUACCACAUCAACGACGUCCACGCCCACCUGGAUGAGUAUUCGUCAUCCGGCACAGACUGCACCAACCCUUCAAGAGGCUGCUAUGGAGGUUAUGCACGCGUGAAGACCGUCAUAGAUGAGACACGUCCGUUACACAAUGAUUCGCUAUUCCUGAACGUCGGGGACGAGUUUCAGGGGACACUAUUCUUCUCAUACUACGGUGGUGAGAAGAUCGCCGAAACUUUGAAUCAGCUAGGCUUCGACGGCUUUGUGUUAGGCAAUCAUGAAUUUGACAAAUUUGAUGAUUUUCUGGGCGAUUUCCUGGCGAAUCUCACGUUUCCUAUCAUCAGCGCGAACAUCAUCUCUGACAACGAGAAGUUGAAUAAGACGAUCAAGCCAUAUCACAUCUAUGAAGAGUACCAGCUUGCCGUAAUCGGAGUAACUACUGAUACUACACCAAGUAUAUCGUCGCCAGGAAAGGGAACUGUGUUCACUGAUCCAAUCGAAGCCGUGCAGAACACGGUUGACUUGAUCCGAAGCACCACCAAUAUCACCCGGAUUGCAGCCAUCACACACAUUGGAUAUGAGGUCGACCAGAAGCUCGCCGAGGAGACUACUGGCCUGUAUCUGAUUAUGGGUGGUCAUAGCCAUACUCCGCUUGGUGACUUCGAGGGGGCGGAGGGCCCGUACCCGACCAUUGUGAAGAACAAGGAUGACGAGGAAGUCUUCAUCGUCACUGCCUAUCGUUGGGGCGAGUACUUGGGCUACAUUGACGUAACAUACGAUGCUGACGGCAGAAUUCUCGCCUAUCAUGGAGGCCCUAUCCAUAUAACCAAUGAGACGAAGCAGGACCCUGAGCUGCAAGCACAGAUUGAUGAAUGGCGUGGACCAUUUGAAGAGUACGCCGCCCAAGAGAUUGGCACAAGCAGCGUCAUUCUUGAUCAGAGCACGUGCCAGCAGAGGGAGUGUCUUUUGGGUGACUUUAUUGCCGAUGCAAUGUUGACAUACCGCCUUAACUCAACCGACGACGUUGAUUUGGCUAUCAUAAACGCCGGCGGUGUUCGUGCAACGAUUGACGAAGGGCCAAUUACUCGUGGCGAGGUGCUCACAUCAUUCCCUUUUGGUAAUGCAGUGACAGACUUGACUUUGACCGGCCAGCGCCUGUGGGACACCUUUGAAGGCAUCGUGUCGGAAACAAACCUCGACAACGGUAAAGAGGUGACCUCAUUUGUUCAGGUUUCACGAGGCGUGAUCAUCGAGUAUAACCCGAGCGCCGCAAACGGCAGUCGGAUGGUCUCACUCACCAUCAAGGACGCGGCGGUCGACCUGGAGGCUGAGUACCAUUUGGUGACGGUGGACUUCGUCGCUGGAGGUGGUGAUAACUUCUUCAGCCCUAUUUUCGAAAACUUUGUUGUCUUGGAUACGCUAGAUGAGAUCUUGACGGCAUACAUUGGUAGCCAAAGUCCUGUAGACAUUGCGCUGGAAGGGCGCAUUGUGCAGAGCAAUGAAGACAGGGAGCGAGGCACAAAUGGUCGCCAGGUUAACUUCAAGAGCCGCUACCACAAUUGGUACACAGCCGUACCAACUUGGAUCAAGGGUCGGCAGAUGGACUCACACAGUUCCAAUUACGAAAAGUCCAAGUAG